UCUAUUUCUCUUUCCCGUUUCACAUACAUAAAAAUGUGCAAGCCGACAAGUUCACCACUCUAUUGCAAGUGCAAUUGCAAUGAACCACAAGAGGCCAACAUGUUCACCCUUUUGAUCCCCAAAUGCCCAACAAAAAAUUUGCUUCUUGACAAAACCACUCAUUUCUCCCUUGUCUUUAAAGAAGCACAAUCCGUAGCCAAUAUUGCUUUUCCCAUGAUACUCACUGGCCUUUUACUUUACUCUCGUUCAUUAAUUUCCAUGCUCUUCCUCGGCCGGCUCGGCGGCUUAGCGCUAGCUGGCGGCUCGUUAGCGGUCGGCUUCGCUAACAUCACUGGAUAUUCAAUACUCUCUGGCUUAGCCAUGGGAAUGGAACCCAUUUGUGGACAAGCUUUUGGUGCCAAAAAAUAUAAUCUUCUUGGACUUUCCUUACAACGAACCAUUCUUUUGCUUAUUUUUACUUCAUCUCCUAUCGCUCUACUUUGGGUCAACAUGAAAACUAUUCUUCUCUACUGUGGCCAAGAUGAAGAUAUUGCCACAGAAGCUCAAUCUUACCUUUUUUACUCAAUUCCUGAUUUAUUUGCACAAUCAUUACUUCAUCCAUUGCGUAUUUACCUCAGAACCCAAUCCAUAACAUUGCCUCUCACAUUUUGUGCCGUCCUAACAAUUCUUCUACAUAUUCCCAUUAAUUUUCUUCUUGUUACUAAACUUAAUUUAGGUGUCAAAGGAGUUGCCCUUAGCGCCGUUUGGACUAAUUUCAACCUCGUAGCCUCAUUAAUUGUAUAUAUCCUCAUUUCUGGUGUGUACAAAAAGACUUGGGAAAAUUUGUCAACAGAGUGUCUCAAAGGAUGGAAAGAACUCCUAAAUUUGUCAAUUCCUAGCUGCAUUUCCGUUUGCCUAGAAUGGUGGUGGUACGAGAUUAUGAUUUUGCUUUGUGGGGGUUUACUAAAUCCAAAGGCAACAGUUGCUUCAAUGGGAAUUUUAAUUCAGAUCACUUCAUUAAUUUACAUAUUCCCAUCUUCUCUUAGUUUCAGUGUUUCAACUAGAGUUGGCAAUGAAUUAGGUGCUAGAAAUCCGAACAAAGCCAAACUUGCAGCCAUUGUAGGCCUUGCUGGCAGCUUCAUAUUGGGCUUUUCUGCUCUGUUUUUUGCGGUAACAGUAAGAAAAGUUUGGGCCAAGAUGUUCACUCAAGAUAAUGAAAUUCUUGCACUGACUUCACUUGUAUUGCCGAUAAUUGGGCUUUGCGAACUUGGGAACUGUCCACAAACAACUGGAUGUGGGGUGUUGAGAGGAACUGCAAGGCCAAAAGUUGGUGCGAAUAUAAAUUUGGGUUGUUUUUAUUUUGUUGGAAUGCCUGUGGCUGUGGGGCUAAGUUUUUAUGCAGGAUUUGAUUUUGAAGGUUUAUGGCUGGGAUUGUUGGCUGCGCAGGCUUCGUGUAUGGUGACUAUGUUAGUGGUAUUGAUUCGUACUGAUUGGGAUUUUGAAGCAGUGAGGGCUAAAGAUCUCACCGAAACUAUAGUCUCUGUUGUUGAUGACAACGAAGAUAUUGAGGAAUAUACGCAACUCAUACCAGAAAACAAGGAAAAUUAUCUGUGUUAAUAGAGUUGUAUUAUGGUUUUUUCUUUUGCUUUUUUUUUGGUCUAUAAUUUCUGUUAUAAUCAUUUUCUACUUAUUUUAGAUGUAUAGUGGGGUACGAAGAGAGUACAGCCAACCCUUUUGCUACUUCUGAUGAAAUUCAAAUAGGGAUAAUUAAGGAGGAACGU